AUGUCGACAACAGCAUCAAUUAGAAAUAAGAAAUUGAUUGCUAUUGAAGCUGAUAUCGAGAAAGCAAGAUCCGAUAAGGAUUUCGCUUCUUUAUUAUCAUUGUUAAAGAAGUACUCAAAGAUUACAUCAUCAAAUAAUGAAAUUCUAGAAUGUUUAGUGAAUGCAGAGAGAUAUAUAGCCGAUGAGAACUAUCAUGACGCUCAAAUAAUGCUUGAUAGAGCAUCAUUACUUAAACCAGAUGACCAAGAAGUUAUUGCAUAUCUAGGUUAUGUUGAUUACAAUAGAAAUGAUACAAAGAAAGCAUUGGAGGAUCUAUCGAGAUUGGUCAAUCCAUAUACGAAUACAAACAACGAGAUGAUAUUGAACUACAGAAAGAUUAAUAUAUUGCUACAGGCAUUCAAUAUCAAGGGUAAAUGUCAAGAGAGUCAAGGACAAAGUGAACAAGCACUGCAAUCCUACGAGAAUGUCAUCGAUAUUGCUUUUCGUUACUUCAAAUCGUUCCGAGCGAUCGAUGUUUACACCAGACCAUUCGUGAUAGAUGCAUUCAUUCACUCUGCAAUGAUACAUCGUUAUUUCGGUAAUAUUGGUGAAGCAGUUAAAAUACUUAGAAAUUGUUUAUCGAGUCAAAUUAUAUUGACUGCAUCGAGCUAUAGAUAUGCAUUGUUGACAUUGGGAGAGUUGCUACUGAGGAAUACAACAGAUAGAUCUUAUAUACCGGUGCUGGAUGCUGCCGGUGAACAACAAAUCAGACCGGGUCACUUUUUCAUUCCUGCUGACCAGGUUGAGGAGUCACUCCUAACGCUUCUACACGUUGAACAACUACAACAUUCACAAUUACAACAGAAUCCACAAUCAUCUAUUAUAACCGAUCAAGAUAUAUCAUUGACAUCUAAAUUCACAGAGGUACAUAGAUGGACACAAUUGGCACUCUCGCUCUACUGUGCCGGUAAAUAUAAGAGAUCGCUGUUUAUUAUUGAAGAGUGUUUGGCUUUGACACCAAACAAUAUCGAUUUGAUAUUGUUGGGUUCAAAGAUUUGUAUUAAUCAGUUGAACCAGUUCUCUAAGGGUAUUAUGUUGGCGAAACAGGCGAUCGGUCAUCUCGACUCGACUGUUGGCGAUAGUGUGCAGCUGGCUAAUGCAUAUCUGCUGAUCGGUGUUGCCUACGAGAGAAGAGCACUCGAGUCCGUCCAGCUGGAAUCUGCUCUCGCUGCUGCUCUCCUCGAACAAGGCAUACGAGCUCGCGUACCGCGUCUGCAAGCACGCGCUCUCUCUGUCGCCGACCAACAUCGAGCUGCUCCUCACCAAAGCGAAGCUAGAGAUUGCGUUGGACGACGGUUCUCAAGCUCUGAUAACCUACAAGUCGGCGAUGUCACACCUCUCCAACCACACACUGACAUCGGUCGACGACUGGGACGAGACAGAGUCGGUGCCGCGCAACCGUCACCAGUCGGGCGGACCGUCCUCCAUCGUGUCGUUCGAUAUUCGCUCGGCGACAACCGCCGACCAAAAGUCGUCGCAUCGCUCAGAGAUUAUGUCGUCGGACGGUGUCGGCGACGAUCCUCUCAACUCGCCGGGUUCGCGCGAAAUCCUCAAGGUGCGCGCCACCACCUCCAACCAAUCAAACUCGAUCGAUCGCGAAACAAACCGUCGCGUUCAACUCUGGCUAGCAAUAGCAGAGGCAUUCAUUCAACAACGGAUGUUUGA